AUGGUGCGGACCCUAGCAACAGUGUUCCGAUUCGCGUCCAGCUGCCGGCGACGCGUCAAGAAGCUGCCGAUCGAAGCCAUUAGGAAAGGUAUCAAGCAAGGAUCAACGUUCCCCGCCAUGGAUGUGCCGUUGCGACAGGAGGAGUACCAGGCUGCAGAAACAGUUUUGUGGAAAGUAAUUCAGGCAGACGAGUUUGCCUACGAAGUGAGGACCCUGGUGAAGAAUAAGGAUUCGACAGUACAUGAAAUGUCACUAGAGAGGUCGAGUAAGCUGUAUCGUCUUGCGCCGUUCCUGGAUGAGGAUGGUGUCGUGCGGAUGGAAGGUCGUACAGAAGCGGCGGAAUAUGCGGCAUUUGAUGCGAGGUUUCCGAUCAUUCUGCCGAAGGACCACGUGGUGACUCGAAGGUUAUUAGAACACUACCAUCGGCAGUAUGGGCACAGCAGCAGAGAAACCGUUGUAAACGAAGUUCGGCAGCGAUUCUACAUUCCGUGUCUCCGAGCGCUAGUAGAUCAAGUGAUGCGAGCCUGUGUGUGGUGCAAGAUUCAGAAGAUGAAGCCAAUUGUUCCGAGAAUGGCACCCUUAACAGGGCAACGUUUGGCAGCGAGGGUCGAUCCGUUUUCGUACGUCGGCAUAGACUAUUUUGGUCCACUGGAAGCGUCUAUUGGCCGAAGGAAGGAAAAGCGAUGGGUGGCACUUUUCACGUGCCUAACUGUGCGAGCGGUACAUUUGGAGGUGGCGUACAACUUGACGACUGAGUCGUGCAAAAUGGCAAUCAGGAGGUUCGUAAAGCGGCGUGGCAGUCCGAUCGAGAUCCUUUCGGAUAACGGCACGAACUUUGUCGGUGCCAGUCGAGAUCUGCUGAAGGAAAUAAAUCUAGCAUGUGUGGAUACCUUUACCGAUGGUCGGAAGCUGACGGACGAGAUCCUGCAGACGGCACUGAUCGAGGCGGAGAACCUGAUCAACUCUCGUCCACUCACCUACGUGUCCACCAACGUGAAGGAAGACAAGGAAGCGUUGACGCCGAACCACUUUUUGCGUGGUCGUUCAUCGGUCGAGUGUCUGCCGUCGAGGAAUCCCAUUGACCUGGCCAACACGUUGCGUAGUAGCUACCAUCGCGCACAGUUCUUGGCGAUUGGAUUCUGGGAUCGUUGGCAGAGGGAAUACCUGCCGAUGUUAAACAAGAGGUCUAAGUGGUUCGUGGAUCAGCGACAAGUAGCGGUUGGAGAUUUGGUGUUCGUGGCAGAUGGAGAGAAGCGAAACGUCUGGGAGCGAGGCGUGGUGAAGAAGGUGUUCGUUGGGAGUGACGGAAGAGUCCGUUCAGCGUCCGUUCAGACAAGCAGAGGCGAGAAGGUCAGACCGUUAGCGAAGCUAGCCGUUCUGGAGGUCACUUCGAAGGAGUAA